AUGUGCAGCUCCGCUCUGGUCGUUUACGCAGCUGAAAAUCGGAUGGCAAGGUAUCCUACAGACAACUUUGAGCCAGUCGCUCCAUUGACAUCCAGACAUGAAAGAAGAUCAUCCAAAUCCGAUAUCAUGAUUGCCGUACUUCCCGGCCAACCCCCAACAAGACUCCAAGGUAUAACGACUGGCUUUUGGGAUGGGCGUCAUCAAAAUGCCUAUAUAAGCGGCAGUGCCUUCACAAUCCUCGAUGGAGCAUAUCGAAUCUUGCAAACGGUGUACGACGACGACAACGAGCAGGACCUCGACGCGAUUGCUAUCGACGAAUCAUCUGGCAAGAUUGCAACCUGCACAGCGAAACAAGUCCGCAUAUACCGGCCUCUUGUUUUACAAGAUGACAACAGAAAGUGGGCACAACAAUCGUGUUUUGAUAUACCAUGUCCUACCCCAAAAGCAACUUGUGCUCUGUCUUGGGGCGGCUCUGAAGAGCUUCUCGUAGCCUCAAACGCACUAUCCCUGUUCGCCACUGCCUCAUUUCCCGCGAAUACAUGGCAAAGGGUUCUGCCCAACCCGGUCAAGUAUGCCAUCAUCUCCCACGACUCGGCAUACAUCGCUUCCAUUGGUCAGCAUGAUUGCCUAACCAAAGUCUGGAGGAGACUUGUCUACGGUGCAGACGAGGUUCGGUUCGACGUGACCUACCUUCGUCAUCCUGAUAUUGUCGUAUCGAUGAGAUGGCGCAGACCACGUCACUCAGACCAGUCAGUGGAUAAUGUCCUCUACACAACAUGUCUUGACAAUUCAGUCCGUGUCUGGACCCCAACGGAGGCAACUGAAGGUCGACACUGGCAACUAUUGGGCCGAGUUGAUUUGAACGAGCCAGCUAUAGACGUGCCAGUACGACCACACCCUCCACUCAUAUUUAUCGUGGAUGGAUGUGAAUUUACUGCUGCCAUGGAAAAAGCUGUGAAGGCUCGAGCGGCUGAUGGUCCAAGCACAGAUGACGCAACUAUAGGCCAUCUAGCUGCUGUUGCAAAUAAAAGCCCUGAAAUAUGUGUCAAAAUCGACAAAUUUGGCAAUAUUUCCGCGUGGGCCUUGGAGAAUGUAGGGAACAGCAAGACUGAAGAGUUCAGUGUCUUCAGUGUUGCCCAGCUUAAGUUGUCGCAUUUUGAAAUAGUGGACGACUUCUUGAGCGGCCAAGAAGUGGCGGGACACACUGAGGUCCAGAACUACUGUGACAGGUCAAGUGGAAGGCUCCACAUUAUGCUGCACUCUUUUGAUGGCAAGAUCGGAGUUUUUGCUGGUAAUUUGGUGGACCUAUUGGAUCCCAAAAACAACGACCGACGUCUCGACCUCCAAACUGUCUGGACUGGACAUACUGCACCCAUCAAGAAGAUCGUGCGUAACUUCAGUGGUCAUGCAGUGGUUUCUCGAACUGCCAGUGGAGAAUGUAUUCUAUGGUGUCAUUCUACUCUAGGUGGCGUACACGGAGACCAAACACUUAUCCGUAGGUCUGUCAUACCGGAAAGCGGACACAUACAUCGCAUAUGCGUCCUUCGGAAGGGGCGCUUUGUCGUUCUUCUAUACCACGGAGCUAUUGUUGUCUGGGAUUGCCGUAAUAGCAUUGCAUCACGACUUGCCGAACGUUCCUUUGACAUACAAGAAACACCACUCUGCCUAAUAGUGCUUCCUCCACCGCGAAACACGGAUUAUACGCUGGCUUACAUUGCCACAAUAACAUCAAGCGGGCGUGGAAUCGUGUGGGAAAUUCGUCUCCCCCAGUAUCUUAGCAACGAUACCACAAAUAAAGAUACGAUAGGGCUGUCUGAGUUUUGCCGGUUCGAACUUGCCACGCCAGACGGAUUGAAGUAUGUGCUCCCUGUGGACCCGGCCGGAGCGGCCCCGGCUACGUCUGGUUUUCUUGACAUAUUUGCUCGUGAUUUAGCGAUAUCAUACACCCGUGCCGGACGGGUUAAUUUCUGGACGGCGCGUGUUAACCUAGAAAGCCGAGCGGUGGACUGGUUAUCAACAUCCUGUACGGAGACUGGCCUUCUGGAUCCGGCACUUGCAAGUGGUAGCAUGCUUAAAAAAGCAGCUCUAGUGAAUCUCACGAGAUCACAGCUCACAAUUUGGGAUAUUGGCGGUUCGCGUCUUGAAUAUGAUAUGGACUAUAAGGCACAUCAUAGUAUCCAGGACCUUGAUUGGACAUCAACCCCCGAUGCACAGGCCAUUCUCGCUGUUGGGUUUCAACAUCGUGUCGUACUACUGUCUCAAAUGAGGUUCGACUACUUGAAUAAAGGGCCAGCGUGGGCACCAAUUCACGAGAUCGACAUUCGAGACCUUACAGCUCACCCGAUUGGAGAUUCCACCUGGCUUGCCGAUGGCCACCUGGUAAUUGCUGCGGGAAAUCAGCUUUUCGUUUAUGAUCGACGUAUGGAUACAGAGGAUUCUUCUAUCACACCCAUCAGCCAUCUUAACAAAGAUCAUCGUAGGGAUCUGUUUGAAGUCGUACAGAGAUUUAAUGGACCCAUCCCCAUAUUUCAUCCCCAAUUCCUUAGCCAAUGCAUUCUGUCCGGGAAAGGUCCUAUCGUACGUCGCAUCUUACUUGCCCUAUACAAAACUUUGAGAUACCUGAUUCCAGGCGAUACCAUUGAUGAUUACUUGGGUCUUCCGCUAUCAGAGUUCUACACCGAGAAUACGUCUCAAAUCAGCUCGUCGGGCAAAGCUAAGGGGACCUCAUUCUUAGACGACAACGAGUGCGAAGAGGACGAUGUAUUUUCCGCGCAGACGGCAACGUAUAUAAACGAGGCGUUGACAAAGAUACGUAUUCCUCAGCUUACGGGACACGAACAGAUUCAAUUGGCAGAUAUUAUCGAGUGUGCUGCAGUGGUGGAAAGUCAUAGAAGAUCAAUAGAUGAAAAUGGAGCUCGGUUUAUGCUGUUCUUCCGACAGCAUGCGCUUCGCAAAGGUCGGAUGAAUGACAUGCACCUCUCAUGGAGAGAAAUAAACUGGGCAUUCCACUCUAGUAGCCAGGACAUACUUCUAGAUUUCGUGUCCCGUCAAAACCACAGGGCGAUGCUGUGGGAACCAGCUCGGGAAUGUGGAGUUUUCAUGUGGCUUUCUGAUUUGACAUUAUUACGUGACCAGUUUGAAGUGGUAGCAAGAAAUGAGUACACCAAAAACGAGUUGAAAGACCCGGUGGAUUGCAGCUUGUUCUACCUCGCUUUACGUAAGAAAACAAUAUUGCAAGGACUUUGGCGGAUGGCAAGCUGGAAUGAAGAACAAGUAGCCACCCAGAAGUUACUGGCAAAUAAUUUUGAUGACCCAAAAUGGCGGAGGACAGCACUGAAGAAUGCAUACGCAUUGCUCAGCAAGCGACGGUUUCAUUACGCCGCAGCCUUCUUCCUGUUGGGUGGCCGUCUCGAAGACGCUGUCGAGGUCUGUCUCCGGCAAAUCAAGGACCUGCAACUAGCAAUCGCCAUUUGUCGUGUUUAUGAAGGGGACAAUGGCUUAGUACUUCGAAAACUCAUCCAAGAUGAAGUACUUCCUUUAGCUGCACAGGAGGGCAACCGCUGGCUUGCCUCUUGGGGUUUUUGGAUGCUUGGUCGCAAAGACAUGGCCGUUAGGGCACUGAUUAUGCCUGUCUUUGCGCUCUUAGAGACUCCUUGCUCCCCGGACAUCAAGUCUCGCUUCUUCUUGACCGACGACCCUGCCCUGGUGGUUCUUUAUUCCCAAUUACGUCAACAGACUUUGCAGACGCUUCGAGGAGCCUCCAAAGUAACACCAAAAGUUGAGUGGGAGUUUGUUCUUCACAGCGCUAAGACUUAUGACCGCAUGGGGUGUGAUCUUCUCGGGCUAGACCUUGUUCGCAACUGGGAAUUUCAGCAACCUGCUACCAGUGGCUUUGGUGGUGAAGUAAACCCCUUAAAGCUGUUGAGACGGAGAAGUUCGCUGGUAGUGGAUGAUCUCUCAGCAGCAAGACGCAGCCUCGGCUUGGAACGGACCCGCGACCUCACGAUUGAUGGUCCUUCCAAGUCAUCUCCGUCAACAUUUGUGGAGCCCGAAGCCUCUUCACUGCUCGACAGCUUUGGACUUUAG